AUGCAGUUGACAGAUGCGCUCGACAUUUGGAAGAACGACAUUACCCCGCCCACACACACGCCCCCUGAUAUCGCUGCACCAUGGCGGCAUUAUUCCAUCUCACCAGUUCAGUCAGCGGACGUGGUGCCAUUGCCAUGUGAGACCCUGUCUGCUAGUUUCCCUGUUCUCAACAGACAGGAGCACUACGAGCAAGAUACUUACGUCCUUUCCGACCCUCCCGCCUCGCAGCCGUGGUGCUCUGGCAUACGGGCCAAUGUGCGCACUCACAGGGCGAUUUGGGCCCAUCUGGUCGGCUGGUUGGCUUAUGAAAGCGCAGAGCAGUGGGAAUACGGAGUCAGCAGCGCAAUGCUCAGCAAAGCGGCCACCACCGUGCAAUAG